UUCAGCCAAUCUGGCAACAACUAGCUAGUAGGAGGCGGCACUGGCAGUUGACACGGCGCACACACUUCUAUCUUCAGACAUUGGACAGACUCUUCAACAUGCUCUUGUGACCAUUAAUAUAAAUUGGCCUGACAAAUUCAACUAUUUGGGGAGGGGAUGAUACAAAUAUACCACUUUGUAGGAAGGAGUAAAGCGACCGUCGGUCAUCACUCGCAAAUAAACACCCCGGAACUGGUUAGCUAGCUAACGUUAGUAACGUUACGCUCAGUUGGCUAGCUUUUUAUUGGCAAUGUUUACUAGCUAUACAACUGUCAACACGCGUGGAGAAUAAACGUUUGGCCUGUGUACUAUCAGCAAGACAGCUUGUUCUCAACACCGAAAACUUCACGGCGACCUACCACCACUUGUAGCUCCGAAAAUGGCUUCAAGAGGGGGCUUUCCGGCUACUCAGAUAAACCCCAGUGUUAACCCCAUGAACGCUGGACAUGCAGGCGGUGGAAUGAGGAUGCCAGGAAUCCAACAGAAUUCGGGUUUCCGAGCCAUGAAUGCCACUCCUCAGUACCAUCAGCACCCUGGUAUGCCACCCAACAGGGGGAUCUCGAUGGGGCCAAUUGGGGGCCCUGGACCCUCUUAUGGGGGCGGGAACAUGCCCUUACGCAUAGGAAUGGGGCAAUCAGCCAUGGACGCCUCCCGAAAGCGAUUCCUUCAACAACAACCGCAAGGGGGGCUGGGAGGCCCAAGGCGUGGCAAAAGGCGCAGGAUGGCCGACAAGGUUCUACCACAGAGGAUCCGAGACCUGGUUCCAGAGUCUGAGGCCUAUAUGGACCUGCUGGCCUUUGAGAGGAAGUUGGACCAGACCAUCGCCCGCAAACGCAUGGAGAUCCAGGAAGCCAUCAAAAAGCCCAUUACGCAAAAGCGCAAGUUGAGGAUCUACAUAUCCAACACCUACACACCCGGCAAGCCAGAAGGCGAGGAGGCAGAAAAAGUGUCAUCCUGGGAACUAAGGGUGGAGGGGAAACUCCUUGAGGAUCCUGGGAAACAGAAGAGGAAGUUUUCGUCUUUCUUUAAGAGUCUGGUCAUUGAGCUCGACAAGGAACUGUAUGGACCUGAUAACCACUUGGUAGAGUGGCACAGGAUGCCCACCACCCAGGAGACAGACGGCUUCCAGGUGAAAAGACCAGGGGACGUGAGCGUGAAAUGCACCCUGCUCCUAAUGCUGGACCACCAGCCCCCACAGUACAAGCUGGACCCAAGACUGGCCCGGCUACUAGGUGUACACACCCAGACACGGGCUAGCAUCAUGCAGGCGCUGUGGCUCUACAUCAAGAACAACAAGCUGCAGGACAGCCACGAGAAGGAGUACAUCAACUGCAACCGCUACUUCAGACAGAUUUUAGGCUGCACACGUAUGCGGUUCUCUGAGAUUCCCAUGAAGCUGGCUGGCCUGCUGCAGCAUCCUGACCCCAUCAUCAUCAAUCACAUGAUCAGCGUGGACCCGAAUGACCAGAAGAAGACGGCGUGCUACGACAUUGACGUGGAGGUGGACGAUCCUCUGAAGGCCCAGAUGAAUAGUUUCCUGUCCUCAACUACCAAUCAACAGGAGAUCGCCGCCCUGGAGAUGAAGAUCCACGAGACCAUUGAGUCUAUCAACCAGCUGAAGACCCAGCGAGACUUCAUGUUGAGCUUCAGCAACAACCCGCAGGACUUCAUCCAGGACUGGCUCAAGUCCCAGAGUCGAGACCUCAAGUUGAUGACAGACGUGGCAGGUAACCCAGAGGAGGAGAGGAGGACUGAGUUUUACCAGGCCCCCUGGGUACCAGAAGCUGUGGGCCGAUACGUCUACUCUAAGGUGCAGCAGAGAAGACAGGAGUUGGAGCAGGUGCUGGGAAUUCGACUCACCUGAGUCCUUAUGGAGCGUAGCUCCCCAAUCCACUAAAACAAAGCAAGGCAAAUUUUAAGAUUGUCUUAAACUCCCAGUUUUACAUUAAUCAUAUCCAAAACACAACCACCGAACUGGAAUCAGCUUCCAUCAAUUCGCAUUGCCUUUUUCAACCACUUUGUAAUAGCAUAUGUUUAUAUAUAUUAUUCUAUAACUAUUGGAACUAAUGUGGUCUUUCAAUCACAAAGCCUUAUGGGAAUGGUUUGGUGCCAUGGUUUCAGCAGGGUAAAGGCUUUUGAGUACUUGGCUGGUAUCUGUUAGUAGCAUUUGUUUUUUUAAGUAAUUACUUUGAGACCAAAGUAAUUAUUUCCAUGGUCUUGCUUAUAGUCUCGUCUUUCUCCACAUUACGAGGGAUACUGUUUGACUGCCAGCUGAUUCAAAUAUUUGCCUUAUAAUAUUGCAAGAUGUACAAAUGAGUUUGUAGCUUUUUUCCCACAUUUGCUUAUGAUGUCUUAACUUGAGUCAAAACAACUUGACAGUACCAAUGCUUAUGUGCCAUUUUUUUAAAAGUGUUUUUACACUAGUUUUUCAAAGCUAUGGAGAUGAUUAGUUAGGGGAAAGUACCUAAAGCCUAGUAGCCUUUACACAAACAACGCUUGUUAGAAAUACAGAAUAAUAUCCUACUAUCCAUGUUUGGACAGGACACUCAGGAAAUCGUAGUGCUGGUAAAUCAUGGUUAGGGGCUGUUCUAUUCGUUAGGAAAGGAGCCCACUUUGUCCAGCUGUUGCAGUCAAUUUGGAUUUGUGUUUCUCUGUUUACAUGCUGUUUUGAUUGGUUGUUAGGGUAUUUCACUGUCUGAAUUCCAAGGGGGGGAAGAUUGGCAGUUUGGGUGGGUGCAAGGGGGUCUCCCUAAAAGGAAUUAAAGGGUUACUUUGGGAUUUUGGCAAUGAAGCCCUUGACUUCCCCAGAGUCAGAUGAACUCAUUGAUACCGUUUGUCUCUGCAUCCAGUAUAAGGAAGUUAGAGGUACUAUUGCGAGCCAGUGAUAACUAGCGUUAGCGCAGUGACUGGAAGUCUAUGGUAUCUACUAGGGAAGUAGAUAAAGGGCUUCAUUGCCAAAAUCAUGACGUAUCCAUUGAACUUAAUUUAGGAAGUCUGAAACUGUUAUUUUAAUUAAUAGGAAUCCAAACCAUAGUAGUACUUCACAAUGUGCAUAUGGUUGUCCUGUAUUUUCAUGUAAGUCUUAAAGGGAUAAUCCACCACAAAUUCCUAUGAUUAACAGUUAAAUAACACUAUGUGAAGAAAAAUAAUGGCAGUCAAUAUCAGCAUGUGAAGUAGCUAGCUAGCUGUAAAAUCACCUAGAGAAACUGCACUGUCAAUUUAGGAGUCUUGCACAGAGUUAACUUGCAGUUCGUCUCUGCCCAGAGCUUCAUACAUUCAUUGGCCCACAGCAAGUGCAGAUUAUGUUGCUAUGGCAACUAUGGCCCUUUCCCACAGACACACAGAGUGCAUUGCGAUAUGGUACUUGAAGGAGAAACUGGGUUGAAUAAUUUGGUACACUGUUUAGAUUGAGCACAUCUAAGCAAAAUAUGUACUUUGUGAUGACAGUAUAAAUGGAUGGAUGUGUUUCUGGAGAAGUAUGCCCAUACCAUCUAUUGGCAGAUUUGGCGAUCUGGAGUGCAGGUAAUUGUUUUAAAAGUGCUAUUAAAUGUAAUGGGGGAAACACUAUCUCCAGUGACAAGAACCAUGUAGCUAUGAUGCGUUCCUACAUGAUUUUCACAGACUGACCACUUAGAAGUUAAAUCAUGGGGCAAUUUUUAUUUUACCCACUGAUAGAACAGGCUUAUCCCAAAUUGACAGGUUUUACAUGACUUUAGUUUCUGGGGUUGGAUUAUCCCUUUAAUCUAUACUGAACAAACAUGUAAACACAACAUGCAAUAAUUUCAAAGAUUUUAUUGAGUUACAGUUCAUAUAAGGAAAUUAGUAAAUUGAAAAAAAUUUAUUAGGCCCUAAUCUAUGGAUUUCACAUGACUGGGCAGGGGUGCAACCAUGGGUGGUUCUGGGAAGGCAUAGGCCCACCCACUGGGGAGCCAGGCCCAGCCAAUCAGAAUUAGUUUUUCCCCACAAAAGGGCUUUAUUACAGAUGAUCCUGCAGAUGAUGAAGCUGGAUGUGGCGGUCCUGGGCUGGCGUGGUUCUCGUGGUUGUGAGGCCGGUUGGAUGUACUGCCAAAUGAUCUAUAUAAAAAAAAACAUUACAUUCCUGCACUCAGCACGCUCCCUCAACUUGAGACAUCUGUGGCAUUGUGUGACAAACUGCACAUUUUUAAAGUGGUGUUUUAUUGUACCCUGCACAAGGUGCACCUGUGUGAUGAUCAUGCUGUUUAAUCAGCUUCUUGAUUUGCCACACCUGUCAGAUGGAUGGAUUAUCUUGGCAAAGGAAAAAUGCUCACUAUCCGGGACGUGCACAAACUGAGAGAAAUCAGCUUUUUGUGUGUGUACAGAACUUUUUUUUUUUCAAGCUCAUGAAACACUUGCUGUGUUUUUUUUUUAAUUAUUUUUGUUCGGUGUAGCUUGAAUGUUUUAUAUGCAGGUUUUUACUUUAGGAAAAUGUCUAAAUGCCUAUGAACGUUCCAAAAAUCCGAUUUUUGUCAGUGCCAAAAUUGUUCUUGUGAAAGAGAGCAGUUGUGUUUCAAGGAAUCUCACUGCUGUGCCUGUUCCGCUUCAUUUUCUAUGACAUCUUUGUAGAAGUUUGCAUGUUUUCUAUCCACAAUUGAAAGCUUUUAUACAAUUAUACUCGGGGGUGCCUUUUGGAAUAUUUCGUAAAAUAAAUAUACUUGAAGAAA